UCUAGUGCAGGUGAAUCACCCGAGACGCUGCCGCUUCUUCAAUGAAACGUGCGCAAAAGUGAAUUCGACAUUUUCUUUUCCUUCUACCUCAUGGUUCGCGUGCAAUAAGGCCUAGCGUUUCGCAUUUGUUAUAAACUGGAGAUUGCGAAAUAGUACUUCGUCACAGGCACGCAGCAGGUGAUGUCUCCGUGCCGUGGCGACGUGGCCCCCUCAGAAUGUGGUUGCAGUGUUGGCAGGGACGGAGCAGGCGCGCAGCAGGUGAUGCCCCUGCGCCGUGGCGACCCGCCCGCCGCAGCUGGCCAGCCAUGGGGAGCGCCUCCUCUAAGUUCAAGAAGUACCUGCAGCAUGGCGAUGAGUUUGCCGCCAUGCAGGUGUUCCAGAGCUCAGCCGAGCUGCGGCGCAACCUGGACCCGAACGUGAGCUACGGCGAGAGCCACGGCCACAACACGGCGCUGCACUACGCGGCGCGCCACGGCAUGAAGCACCUGCUCAGGACCUUCCUCAACGACCUGGCGGGCAACCCCAACAAGCGCAACGCCGCCAACGAGACGGCGCUGCACGCGGCGUGCACUCUGCCCGCGGGCAAGCCGCUCAGCGCGCAGGAGCGGCGCGCCGCCUGCGCCGCGCUGCUGCUGCAGUGGCGCGGCGCCGCCACGCCGGGAGGGGGCGCCGAGCGCGUCGACCUGCGCGCGCAGGACCAGAAGGGGAACACGGCGCUGCACUGCGCGGCGAGCAGCGGCCUGGAGCGGUGCGUGGAGCUGCUGCUGGCGCACGGUGCGCCCCUCUUCCAGGAGAACCACGACAAGCUGACGCCCUGCGACCUGGCCAUGCGCGCCAGCCACCACGAAAUCGCGCGCCUCCUCGAGUCCCGCAUGGUCUUCGCAGAUAGCAGUGAUAGUGUGAAUGAGGCAGAGCUGUACGGCAGUGAGCCAGAUGAAGUGUACUCAGGAUUAAGGACACAGGACCUGCAGGAGGCCAAGGACCAACUACUUGUCGAGACCUCUGACAUGCUGCAUGUGCCACUUUUUACUGCUGAGGCACUUCUCAGAGACAAUGAAUGGUCCCGCGAGGCCCUCCUAGACAAGUGGAUGAAGGAUGCAGUUGCUUGUUGCCAGUUGGCAGGUGUGCAGCCCCCAGCCUCGGCUCUUCAGCUCCGUGACAGUGGCAGCACACCUUCAUCCCCAGUUCUGCAGCCUCCAGAUAUACCACCAGACCCUGAAGACCUUACAGAGCCUGUUCAGUGUGAAAUCUGCACACUGCCAGUGUCAGAGGAGACUGGUGGUGAUGUGUCAGCACCCUGUGGUCACCGCUUCUGCACUUCGUGCUGGGAGAAUUAUCUCACAGUCAAGAUCCAAGCUGGCGAUGCCCAUGGAAUUCUAUGUCCUGCUUACCAGUGCCCCAUGUUAGUGCCUGCGGAUGUAAUAGAGAAGCUUGUUUCUCCAGAUAUGGCUCGUCGAUAUCUUCAGUUUGAUAUUGAGGCGUUUGUGGAGAGCAACCGAAGCAUUAAAUGGUGCCCAAUGCCUGGCUGUGGUCGAGCAGUGCGGCUGCCUGAGUAUGAGCAGCCACUACCUGGCUCUCGCUCAGGUUCUCCACCUCCAACAUCACAUGCUGUUGACUGCGGUAAUGGGCAUUUCUUUUGUUGGGAAUGUUUAGGGGAGGCACAUGCGCCUUGUGGUUGUCAGCAGUGGCAACAGUGGCAGCGCAAGAUCUCAGAAGUUCGGCCUGAGGAGCUGCGAGCUUCAUGCACUGAGACUGAGGAUGCUGCUAACUGCCUGUGGCUGGUCACCAACUCAAAACCUUGUCCCAACUGCAAGUCUCCAAUACAAAAGAAUGAAGGCUGCAACCACAUGAAGUGUUCAAAGUGUAAGUGUGACUUCUGCUGGGUGUGUCUGGAGAACUGGAAGAAACACAGUUCAGCAACAGGUGGCUAUUUUCGUUGCAAUCGUUUUGAAGCAGUGCACAAGGCUGAUGAGCGGCAGGGGGCUCUUAUCACUGAGGCAGUUGUCCGUAACCAGCAAGUUCAGGAACUUAACCGUUUUUUGCAUUACUACACUCGUUUCAAGAAUCAUGAAAACAGUCACCGUCUGGAGGAGCCCCUGCUGAUAAAUGCGCGACAAAAAGCUCAGUUGUUGCUGGCAUCUACUAGCACAGCACAGGGGCCAGGAACAGGACAGGUUCUAGGAACAGGUCAAGUUUCGAGCACUGAACGUACUAAUCAACUGGGACCAGAAGGAGCUAGAUUUGUGGAAGAUGGUGUACGAGAGCUACUGAAAGCACGUAGGGUGCUCUGUGGCUCAUACGUUCAUGGGUAUUAUCUACAUGACAAUGGUUACAGCAAAUCCAUCUUUGAAUUUAUGCAGAAUGAACUUGAGGAGGUCACAGAACGAUUGUCAGAGAUGGUUGCGCGGCCUUACCUUCGAACACCUCGAGCAGUGAUUAUCCAGACCACAGCUCUUGCCCGCCGUAAGCGUCAUGAAUUUGUGCGAGCUGUAUCCAAAGGGCUAGUUCCACCUGAAACUCCUCCCUCUUCUCGAAGAAUGGAAGGAACAGUAUUACCAAUGGAUCAGGCAGUAAUGACAAACCCAUGGGUCAAAGAAUUGCAGGGACAUCCUGGUACCAUGGGAAUACCCCUUGAAUGGCAGCCAAUGGACUCUGAUGAGGAUGAUUCUCCAACAGUGACAUUGCUGGGCAAAUGUGAACGAAUAGGCUGCCCCCAUCCUCGUGCUCGUAACCCUCGCACAGGAGAGCUGCAUGCAUACUGCAGCUGGCGCUGUUCUCACUUGGCUACUGCUACUGUGGUGAAUGGCCCAGCUGAUUACAAUGUUGACCUGGUCAUUGCCCUGGAAAUGUCACGGUUACAGAUGAUUGAAGAUGAGUUCAAGAAGAGACAGCGUGAAGAAGCUGAUACUGGAGAGCCAUCAAGAUCAGGGAAUCGUGAAGAUCAGCAUCAGUUAGAACUUGCAAUUGAAUUAUCUCUUUGUGAUCGUGAACAGCAGCAGGACUCUGUGCAGGAAACUGAAAAUGACCAAGAUAUGGAUAUUGACGUUGAUGUUGCUGUCGACAAUUUUCUUCGUAGUUUAGCUGGCCAACGACUAGACGCCAGCAGUGAAACAGGGUCAGGCAGCAGCACACUUCAGAGCCAAGGACCGGGACCGGGUAGCAAAGAGGAUGGCCGUUUCCAGAUUGGAGAACUGCACCAGAACGGCUGGGUCGAGGGCCCGGGGUCUGGCACCAGCCACCUGCUGCAGCUGCGGAGGGCGCACUCCACAGGAGACUUGUGCUGUGCGCGUCCCCCACCUCCACCACCACCUGCAUUCCUCUGUGCUGUCGCCCAUACAGCUCAUAAUGCAGAUUCGGUAGAGCAUGCGGGAGGCCCUGGUGGUCAGUCUUCCAUGGAAGACACAACAACCACCACAACUGCAUCAGACUCCCUCAAUGCUGACUUGGAGGUGUGUGGGAUUCUGGGCACCAGCACGAGCACUGCCACUGAGGAGGAACCAGACCCCGACCCUGAGGCUGCAGGGCCCAGCACAAGUACAAGUCCAGCUCCUGCUGCCACAAGUGUGACUGUCAGUAACGCACAACUGAGAGCACCGUCCCAGGCACGUUCACUGCGAAUACGCAUAUGCCGUUCCCCAGGGGCUGGCGGUGGUGGCUCUGGUGGGGUCCAGAGCACUACAUCUGGAACAGACCGUGCACGAGGCCCUCUGGAGACAGACUCCAGCAAUGAGUACGAGAGUGAAACGGGCAUUCCCCGCUCCCCGACGCUCUUCAUCAGUGGGGUGUCCAUCAGUCGGACGCCUGAGCCUGCAGCAGUCCCUACUCUGCCACCUCCUGCAGUGCCCGAAGAGGGGUCGCCAACCUCUGGUGCUGCCUCUAUUGCCCCUACACAGCCUAUUUCACCAGCCUCUGUAUCUCCAGCUCCAAGCUCACCUCGUGACACUGCCAGUGUCGCAGCAGUGCCGACGACUCCAGCUGCCCCUGCUCCCGGACAGUCACGGUCAGCAAGCGAACCUGAGCGUGAGCGGUCCGUGUUCCGUUUUCCCAAAUCACAGACAGAUGGAGCACUCAGCUCAGUGCUUCUUGUGCAGGAAAGCAAUCUGAGUUCUGAUGAUUUCCACGAAGCCCUGUUCCUGCUCGAACCAAAGGAGUCCUGCAAGCGCCGCAAGAAGUCGAAAAAGGAACGCCACAAAGAAGCCAGCUCUGCACUGUGAGAUACAACAUCUAUGUUGGUGCCUCGUUCUGAACUAACUUCUCGGCAUGUGGAUGCAUAUACAUUGAUCCUCUUGUAUUGUGCUUACAUGUGUGUAGAUCAUGGCACUCAAAUGUGGAGCUUUUUCUAUUACUUUCUCUUGGAACUUUUGCCUGAGAGAUACCAAGUCUCUCAGUCAGAUCUCUUAAGGUGCGAGGACAAUUCCUGGUGUUGAAAAGUCUGUAGUUGGA